AUGCUGAAAGAUCGAAGGGUGACGGUUCGGGAGCUCUGCGAAAUGAUCCCUGAUGUCAGCAAGACCUGUAUUGACACAAUUUUGACAGACCAUUUAGGAUAUGCCAAGGUUUGUGCAAGGUGGGUCUCGAGAAUGCUUACGGAAGACCACAAAUGGCAACGUGUUGAAGCGGCUCGCGAAUUUCUUCAGGCCUACGAAACCGAUGGCGAGGAUUUCUUGGACUCUAUUGUUACUGGAGACGAGACCUGGGUCCACUACACAACACCGGAAACGAAACAACAAUCCCGUCAGUGGAAACAUCCAGAGUCGCCGAAGCCGCGGAAGUUCAAACAAACACUGUCUGUCGGCAAAGUUAUGGCGAACGUCUUUUGGGACACUAUCAGGUGUUUGUUUUACGUGUGGUACUCUACCGUUAGACCUACCCACACGGCCCCCCAUGGGGCGUGGGAUUGA